AUGGGGCAGCAUCAGAUCAAGAAGAAAAAAGGCUUCCAAACUCCUAAUGAGCCACCAGACGAAGACAGACCGUUGCAGAAAAUCCGUUUUCUGCCAGGCAAAACAAGCAGACCAGAGAGCAUCAACGGUGACAGCCUCAUGGGUGGAGGAGCAGCAUUUCCACUGGGAGAAUCCACAUUAGCUCUUGAUGAAGAGAUGCUGCAGGUACUGGAUGCUGUAGACCCUGUGAAGCCUGCGGCUAACAAUGCCUGUCCAACAGCAGUACACAGUAAUGCUCAGGAAGGGCCAGCAUCGUCAGCUGUCUUUGCUCCGUCACAGCCUCUUGCCCUGGUUGCUGACAAUAAGAGGGAGAGUGAUGGAGCACGUCAUCCCACAAGCACCCAGGAGAGAGUCUUUGGGCGUAGUGGUGAUUGUAAGAGACCAGGAUGGAGAGCUGACUGCAAAGACCUGGCUCAGAGGCUUCUCUUCAGUGAGGAUUUGGAGGAAGUGGGGCAUGCUCAGAGGGGUGUAGAGAACAUCCAGCCAUCGCCAGCUUCUGCCUGCAUCAAUAUGUUAUCCUGCCAAGACACAAGAAACAGUCAGCAAGGACGCAGCACCACCAAUCGGCAGAAACUUGCAUCCGGAGGAAAGAGCUCUUCUCCUAGAAAAGACAAAAGUGGGCCAAACAUGAAGGCUGACCCACCUCUAGAUGUAUCCAGGGACUACAUCUUGUUCAGCCCCACCCGCCUCGCAGCGGCCAUGAAGAAGGCCAAACUUCACCAGUCGUUACAGAACCAGUCGGCCUCUGUGCUCACGGUCCCCAGUGGCUUAGACCUCAGCACUCUGAGUGACACUUUACCUCAGCCAGGCAUUGCCUUGUGUGCUCCUGCGGGGCAAGCUGAAAAGCUGCUGUUAUCCAGCUGGGGCUUACCAAAACCCGUCCUGGAGCGCUACCAGAAACACGGAGUGACUCACAUGUUCGAAUGGCAGGCCCAGUGCCUCACUGUUGGACAGGUGCUGCAGGGAGGUAACCUGGUGUACUCUGCCCCCACUAGUGCUGGAAAAACUCUGGUGUCAGAGCUGCUGAUGUUGAAGCGCGUGUUGGAGACUAAAAGAAAAGCUCUCCUGAUUCUGCCGUUUGUCUCUGUGGCCAAAGAGAAGAUGCACUACCUUCAGAGUGUAUUUGAAGAGGCAGGAGUUCGUGUGGAGGGAUAUAUGGGCAGCACCUCGGCUGCUGGAGGGUUCACAGCGCUGGAUGUGGCUGUUUGCACCAUAGAAAAAGCCAAUUCUCUCAUUAACAGACUCAUUGAGGAGGACAGUAUGGGUUUACUAGGCAUGGUGGUGGUGGAUGAGUUACAUAUGGUUGGAGAUUCUGGAAGAGGAUACCUACUAGAACUGCUCUUAACCAAAAUCCGCUACAUUGCACAGAAGCGGAACACCACAGGGUCUCUCUCUGAGGGGGUGCAGAUCAUAGGUAUGAGCGCCACCUUGCCGAACCUCUCCCUCCUGGCGAGCUGGUUAGGUGCAGAGCUUUACCAGACAGACUACAGACCCGUACCCCUGCAGGAGCAUCUCAAGGUGGGCUGCAACAUCUACGACAAGGGCCUCUCCGUGGUCCGGCAGUUCACUCCUGUGCUCCACGUUAAGGGUGAUGAUGACCACAUAGUGAGCUUGUGCUAUGAGACUGUGAGAGAGGGCCACUCGGUGUUGCUGUUCUGCCCGUCGAAGAACUGGUGUGAGAAGCUGGCAGACGGUAUUGCCAGAGAGUUCUACAACCUCAGACAUGCUGAUGGCCGGGGCGAAGCAGAGCCUCAGCCAGUGAGUCUGGAUCAGGACGGAUUAACGGAUGUUGUAGCCCAGUUGAGACGAACUCCGGCCGGUUUAGACCCCAUCCUCCAGCGGACUGUGCGAUGGGGGGUGGCCUUCCACCACGCUGGUUUGACGUUUGAUGAGCGGGAUGUGUUAGAGGGAGCUUUUCGUCAGGGCAUGGUCAGAGUCCUGGCUGCCACCUCUACGCUCUCUUCAGGGGUUAACCUGCCAGCUCGCAGGGUCAUCAUUCGAACCCCCACCUUCAAUGGACACUUGUUGGACCCGCUCACAUACAAACAAAUGGCUGGAAGAGCAGGGCGAAAAGGGGUAGACACAACAGGUGAGAGUGUGCUGGUGUGUAAGGAGGCAGAGCGCCAGAAAGGUAUUAGUCUCCUCAAGGGUGCUCUUCAGCCAAUCAGCAGCUGCCUGGUGAGAAGGGAGGGAGAAGGUGUCACCACCAGCAUGCUGCGAGCCAUCCUAGAGAUCAUUGUUGGAGGUGUAGCCAGCACUCCACAGGAUGUAAGGUUAUAUGCAGCGUGCUCACUUCUGGCUGCCAGCAUGAAAUGUGAUGGCAAAAAAGAGUCAAAUGAGGAGACCAACAAAGGAGCUAUUGAGGCCUGUGUUGAAUGGCUGAUGGACAAUGAAUUUAUCAGUAUCCAGACAGACGGACAAGAGGAGCGUUACUGUCCAACUCAACUUGGUGCUGCCACCCUUUCCUCCUCGCUCUCCCCUCCGGAGGCUCUGGGAGUGUUCGCUGAUCUCCAGCGGGCCAUGAAGGGCUUUGUCCUGGAAAAUGACUUGCACAUUCUGUAUCUGAUCACCCCGUUGUACGCAGAGUGGACCACCAUAGAUUGGUAUCAGUUCUUCUGUCUGUGGGAACAGCUCUCGUCUUCGAUGAAGAGAGUAGCAGAGCUGGUGGGCGUCCAGGAAAGUUUUCUCGCACGAUCUGUCAGCGGUAAACUUGUUGCCAAGACAGAGAAGCAGCGUAGACAGAUGGCUAUUCACAAACGGUUUUUCACCACCCUUGUACUACAGGAUCUGGUGAAUGAGGUACCUUUGGGAACAGUGGCGUCCAAAUACAACUGCAAUCGUGGGCAGUUACAGUCUCUCCAGCAGUCUGCAUCUACAUAUGCAGGCAUGGUGACAGUGUUCUGCAAGCGUCUGGGUUGGCACAACAUGGAGCUGCUGCUGUCCCAGUAUCAGACCAGGCUGAGCUUUGGGGUCCAGAGGGAGCUGGUGGACCUUGUCAGGGUCUCCCUCUUGAAUGCAACUAGAGCCAGAACACUCUACGCACAAGGCCUCUGUACUGUUGCUGAGCUAGCCAGGGCGACCGUAGCAGAGGUGGAGAAAGCCUUGAGGAAUGCUGUCCCAUUCAAGAGCUCUAAGCGUGCUGUGGACGAGAGUGAGGUGGAAGCAGCUGAGAGACGGAGCCUCCGCUGCGUCUGGGUCACUGGUGGUCGGGCGCUGACGGAACAGGAAGCCGCUGUUCAGAUCGUGUCUGAGGCAAGGCUCCUGCUUCAGGAAGACCUGGCCCAGUUAGGGGUUCAAUGGGACCCGGCCACACUUCCCCCUGGGGCUCCUGCUGUGAACAGCUCUGAUGAGCAUCACAGCAGGGAGUCAGACACCUCAUCUGCCACGUACCUCGGCUCUCGUGAAGCACCAGCGGCCAACCUUAACGAUCACCAAGAAGACAGGGUCAAGACAAGUGAGAGCAGAGAUACUGACAGGCAUAAAAAAGAGAAUAAGGAAGAAUACAAAUGUGAGAAAAGGAUGAAAAUGGAGAGAGCAGAAGGAGAAGCCAAGAGAGAGCAAGGGGAGCCCAAGCCUAAACACAAUGGAGUGAAUGGAAAAUUAGAGGAGCACAGAAAGCAAGACAGGACGGAGCCAGAAAUCAGACUAACAAGCAAUGAAGUGCAAGUGGAAAGAAGCAAAGAAACAAAAAAAGAUGAGACAAAUACAAAAAUAUUAACGGCAAAUGACACAGAAGAUCCAGAUGAAAAAAGAGAAAGGCAGAAGCACGUAAGUUUAAAGGAAGGAAGGGAAAAGCUCAACAAAGAGCCAAAAGAAGGGGAGAGUAGUGAAGGGACUGUCUCAGUCCGGCCGGACAGUCAUACAGCGAAUCGUCCUAUUGCUGAAAGGAGCCUGACACAGGAAUUGGCAGAGAUUGUGUGCAGUCCCUUACCUCAGCCGAUGCCACGUCCACAGCCAUCUCCUUCCACGGUGCCUCCUCCUCGGUUUAGAGCUCCAAUAUCCAGAGUAGCAGAACAACACAGUGUUCCUGCAAGAACAUCAAAGGGAGAUGGUACCACAGGGCUCGCUGCCUCACCUGUGCAACCAGGUAGACUGAUGCACUCGAGAGCCUUAAGCAAAGUCCUCCAGUCUAUACAGACUGACAUAGGCCCACAGGUUAAUGCUCAGACGUCACACUCAAAGCCCACAGGAGUUUCUUCAUUGCCUGCCGGCCAGGUGCCCACUCCCGAUCACGCUCCUGGCCCCAUGCAAGAAAUCCCUCCUGGCAUUUCUGCUCCUACAAAUGCAGAUAUGCAAGACUCUCCCACCUCUGUUCCCUUAUUCUCUCCCGAGGCCAAGCGAAGAAGGAUAGACGGCAGAGAGGUAGAUAAGUUUUCAUCUCCCGAGCUGUAUGCGGGAGAUGAGAGAGGUGAAGAAGUCGAGGGAGCUGUUAGAAGAGGAGAAGAAAGUUUCGGUGAAAGCUUUGAACUGGACACUCAGACAGAAAGAAUCAUUGUUCAAAAGACAUGCCAACACAGAGAUGGGAGUGAUAGAGGAAUGAAUCAGUCGGUAAAAGCAGAAAGGAUAAAAGAGCUGGAUGAGGACACAAACGAGGGAAGUAACAGCCUUGAAGCCCCUGACAAUUCAUGUCCCAGAUUCAGUAUAUCACUCACAGAUAGCCAGAUGGAGCUCAUUCUUAACACCAGCCACCAGAUUUCUCCUGAACCAGGUGGUGAUAAUGUAGCUGAAGAUAAAGAUGAAGGUGGUGAUGAUGAUGAUAUCCUCGGUGCUGGUCAGGCUGCCUCUGAGAAUGUCAACAGAAGCAGUAGCUUCCUGUUCGACAGCCUGUAUGACAGCUCUCUGCUGGCUGGGCUGAGCCCACACCAGCUCCUUGCCCAAUCGGAUGAAGAGGAAUCUGUUUGCCAGGAGAUCGGAGACAAGUGCCCUAUUCCAUCAACCCAGGAGAGGAGACGCAGCGAGCUUCUCGCCAAUCAGGAGGCGGAACGGCAGGAGGCGAUCCAAUGGGGCGAGUCCUCCUUCAACUUGUCGGAGUGGGGCGACUCACUGUUCGUUGGCGAACACUUUCUGGGGAGACAGAACUUGAUCAAACAGAAAGAGAGAGGUCAAAAAGAGCAAGGAGCCAGUCAUCAUGAGGCUCAGCAACCCGACACAGACCAUGUUCUGCCUGAGGAGCAGCUGCCAGCAUUACAACCCAAACCCGGUCAGACACACCCACAGCCCACCAUUGCAACUACUACCACAACUCAAAAUGAGUGCGACAAGGAUAAAACCACCAAUAAUCAAGGCCAUGUGAAGACAAUUAAAAAGCAUAAUAAUGCACAAAAUGACAGUAAACCAGACAGGAGACAGGGAGUGUUGAAUGAAGAGGGUGAAAAUUGGAAGCAAGUAGAGAAUAAAAUAAAUAAAGGGCAGGAAAUGAGUGCUUUAUUUACAGAUAGGUUAAAACACCCAUAUGUCCAAAAUGCAUCUGAAAGCAUGGUUUAUUGCAGCCCUGGUUUGCAAGAGAUCUUUGACCGCUGGCCUAGUAUGUCUGACCAGCCCUGGCAAAACACCCACACCGCCAGUCAUACACUUAUAAAUGGUGCAAAUGCUGCAGAAGUUCCAGAUCUACGUCAGCCCUCAGUGCAGGUGGACAGAAACAGGGGAAAGCCAAAUGUGCAGGUUGCUGCUGCUGAGAGUGUUUCUCUAGAGGAUCAACCCUCAAGACGUGACAGUGAGGGUGCAACAGAGAGACCAGGCUCUGCUGGUGAUCUUAUUCCCCCAACUCAGGAAACGCCACCUGUCACACCCAGAGUAAAACUGACCACCUCAUCGGUCCAAUCGCCUCUUACCGCUCAGCCACUAAACCAGUCGACUCCCUCGACACUCCUGCCACGAAAACCAGCAAUCACAAAAUGUUCUAAAUCUCACCCGGGACGCAGUGAUCAUCCAUCCGAAGCUGUGCCAGAGACUAAACGGCCUAAUUCUACAUCCGAACGCAGCCAGGAACACCACCUGGGACAGAAACCAAAGACUCUGCCUGUUCCACACUCAGAAACAAAACCCCUGCUACACGCCGACCAGAAUCUCAGCCCAUCCUCCAUCCGGGCCGGGAUUCCCUCUCAUGUGGAAUCACCCGUGACUGACGAAGGCUUCACUCUUCAGCUGUCCCAGGAUGCGUCACUCUGUUCCAGCAACUCGGGGACCUUCUCCAUCAUCGACGUGGCAAGUGACAGGCACCUCUUUGACACUUUCAUCAAUGAGUGGAAAACAAAGCAGCGGUACUCUCUGGCUUUGGCCUAUGAAAAGAGGGAGCACAGACCACAGUCUGAGGGGGAAAUUGGAGGGAAACAUAAGAGAGGAUCAGCAGCUCAUCAGAAGCUCCACAGUGUCGACGGUUUCCCAGUAAGAGACAGUGAUGGACUGGUGUUGAUUGGACUGUCUGUCUGCUGGGGAGCAAGAGAUGCGUACUACAUGUCUCUGCAGCAAGAGCAGAGCAAAGGUUUGAGCUCCAGUCUGGCCCCUCCUCCACUGGAUGAGGAUUUGCCAGUAAGCGAGAGGCUGACACAAUUGAAGAGCUGUUUGAGCCGGUCGUCUGUUGGUCACAGAGGAGGUGUGGUUGUCACGUAUGACAUCAUUCAGGUGUACAAGAUGCUGGUCCUGAGCUGUGGCAUCAGCUUGGAGGGAAGAUGUGAGGAUCCCAAGGUUGCGUGCUGGCUGCUGGACCCUGGCAGUGAGGAGAGGACUCUACCCAACAUGGUGACCGUCUACUGUCCUGAAGAAUUACCUCUGCUGGGUGGACUCGGGAACGCACACGCACACUGUCCACGUGUUAGGGCAGCGACCAAGAGUGUGCUCGUACACGCUGUCAUGAACCAUCUCACUGGCCUACUGGAGGAAGAUAGCACGCUCGACCUUUUCAGGAGCAUUGAGAUGCCGUCCCAGGUGUGUUUGGCUCUGUUGGAAUUGAAUGGAGUGGGCUUCAGUGUUGAAGAGUGCGAAAGACAAAAACACGUGAUGCAAGCCAAACUCACAGCUCUGGAAUCUCAGGCUUACAACCUGGCUGGACACAACUUCUCCCUCACCAGCAUCGACGACAUAGCACAGGUGUUGUUCUUAGAGCUCCACCUUCCUCCAAACGGUGACGUGGGUGGAUCGAAAAGUAAGAAGACUCUUGGCUACACCAGGAGGGGCGGUGGCAGAGUGCGACUCGGAAAGCAGUUCAGCACCACCAAGGAUGUUCUGGAGAAGCUUCGCCCCCUGCACCCGCUGCCAGGUGUGAUUCUGGAGUGGAGGCGGAUCACUAACGCCUUGACUAAAGUGGUGUUCCCACUGCAGAGGGAGAAGCAAUACCACCCCACACUGACCAUGGACAGAAUAUACCCCAUCGCCCAGACACACACAGCCACAGGUAGAGUGAGCUUCACUGAGCCCAACAUACAGAAUGUCCCCAAAGACUUUGAGAUUCACAUGCCCACGGUGGUUGGCGAGAGCCCACCUUCACAAGACAGCUGCCAUGUGACCACCAAACCAGGAAUGAAGAGACCUUCUGUGGUGCCUUCAGUGGCAGCUGGCAGCGCAGAACGAGGCCCGGCCUUCUCCGUCAGCAUGAGACAUGCCUUCAUCCCUUUUUCAGGUGGGAUGAUACUGGCGGCUGAUUAUUCUCAGCUGGAGUUGAGAGUGUUGGCUCACCUCUCCAAGGAUCAACGUCUUCUGCAGGUGCUGAAUGGAGGAGCAGACGUGUUUCGCUGCAUCGCUGCCGAAUGGAAAAGUGUCGACCCAGAGUCUGUGAACGACAGCCUCAGACAACAGGCAAAACAGAUUUGCUAUGGCAUUAUCUAUGGGAUGGGAGCCAAGUCUUUGGGGGAGCAAAUGGGAGUGGAAGAGAAUGACGCGGCCUGCUACAUAGAGAGUUUCAAGGCCAGAUACAAAGGGAUCAGUGCUUUUCUUCGAGAAACUGUGAAGAACUGUGUGAAGAACGGCUAUGUUCAGACUCUGAUGGGCCGUAGGAGAUACCUACCAGGGAUCACUAACAGCAAUACGCAUGUCAAAGCACAUGCAGAGCGUCAGGCAGUGAACACAACCGUACAGGGAUCAGCGGCAGACAUUGUGAAACUUGCCACGGUGAACAUCCAGAAACGACUACGGAAAACAUAUCCUGCUGCUCCGCUCUCUCACCAGCACACACAUUCAGCCAGCAGUCACCGCAGGGCUGGGACAGCUCAACUCAGAGGAGCCUACUUUGUCCUGCAGCUGCACGAUGAGCUCAUCUAUGAAACCACAGAGGAAGACCUCAUACAGGUUGCUCAGAUAGUCAAGAGGGAGAUGGAGUCAGCAGUAAAACUGUAUGUAAAGCUUAAAGCCAAAGUCAAGGUGGGACCCAGCUGGGGCAACUUGCAGGACCUCGAUAUAUAAUGGGAAUGUGUCUGUGAAGAUUCUCAAUCUUCAGUCUUGGUACUUUUAAGUGCUUUAAAAGGCAACUGGACCUGCUUGAGGUUGUUUUCCCGCUGGGACUCCCCACCAGUCAGCUAGAACUGAAGAAGCCUUGUGGAUGAGAGGCAAAACGUCCUCUAGAACCUCAAACAAGUCCAGCUGCCUUUUAAAGCACUUCUAUAAUGUGAAUGCUUUGAUGAAAUGAAAUACCAUCUCCUUAUUGCUUAAGGGUUCUGUAAUAUAUGCUAAUACUAUAAUUUGUACUAAAAUCAGUAUUUUUUUAAAUCGCUACAUUAACAAUAAUGAAAUGUAAGAUAACCCAGAACUCUAAAUGAACUAUUGAAUUUAUUUAUAAUUCUAUACAUUUGCCAUGAGAUUUAAUGUAAGAUGAUAUUCUGUUACUGUAAUAAGUUUUCUUUCUCAAUAUUUAAAGAAUUUAAGAAAUUAUUUUCAGUAUCAAUUAAUGUGCUGAUUGUUUCAAUCAAUGAUUUGUUUAUCUAUGAAAUGUUAAAAAUAUUGAUCAGAAUCAGAACUUCCAGAGUCACAGGUCACGCUAAUGUCUUGUUUUAUUCUGCAAAAAGUCCAAAACCCUAAGACAUUCAGUUUACAAUUAUAUAUGACAAGGAAAUGCAGCAAUUCCCCUCAUGUGAGAAGCUGGAACUGAAGAAUGUUUAACAUUUUUGCUGGAAUAAAUGACUGAAAU